AUGAAGCCCGUUCAACUCUACACCGCUGGCACUCCCAACGGUCAAAAGGUCUCCAUCAUGCUCGAGGAGAUCAAGGCUCUCAACCCUUCCUUCGAGUACGAGACGCACGCCAUCGACAUGAGCAAGAACCAGCAGAAGGAGGACUGGUUCCUCAAGAUGAACCCCAACGGUCGCAUCCCAACCAUCCUCGACCCUAACAACACCGCUACCGAUGCCGAGGGUUUCCCUGUGAUGGAGAGUCUGGCGAUCAUGUUGUACCUGGAGAAGAAGUACGACGACAAGCACGUCUUCAGUUGGUCCGAUAGCGAUCCCAAAGGCGAGAACUACAGAAACCAGGUGCUGCAGGUAACUAUCUUUCCCCACAUUCAUUCUGCGAACCACUCGAUAAGCACUCCAGUUCCUCGCAUGCUGACUCCUUUCCUCUUAUCCCCUCUCACAUCUUCUUCGACGCCUCUUCAGUGGUGCAGCUGGCAAAUGGCCGGUCAAGGACCCAUGCAAGGCCAAGCCAACCACUUCCGCAUGCAAGCCGUCGGCGACUCCAAGAACGUCGUCCCCUACGGCAUCAAGCGAUACCACGACGAAACCGUUCGACUCUACUCCGUUCUCGAAGCAGGUCUCGAAGGACGCGAAUACCUUGUCGGAGAUGGGAAAGGAAAAUACUCUCUGGCUGAUAUGUUGACCUUCCCCUGGGCUCUGUGGUACCGCUUCGCCGGUAUCAAGCACGAGGAGGUGGGACCGAACGUUAAGGCUUGGAUCGAAAGGAUCAGGGCUAGACCUGCCGUGCAGAAGGGCCUGGAGGUCCCCAGCAAAUCGGAGCUCUUGAAGAAGCUUGACGACGUAAGUAGACAAACGAGAAGAAGAGAGAAAGAGAGAGAGAGAGAGAGAGAGAGAGAGAGAGAGAGAGAGAGAGAGAGAGAGAGAGAGAGACGAUGA